AGGAUCUCUGGGAAAGUUUAGAAAAUGCUAGUGGUAAACCUAUAGCAGCAGUGAUGAAUACCUGGACCAAACAAAUGGGAUUCCCCCUCAUUUAUGUGGAAGCUGAACAGGAAUGGUGGACUCAUCUUUGGUUAAAUGAAGGUUUUGCAUCCUGGAUCGAAUAUCUAUGUGUAGACCACUGCUUCCCAGAAUAUGAUAUUUGGACUCAGUUUGUUUCUGCUGAUUAUACCCGUGCCCAGGAACUUGACGCCUUAGAUAACAGCCAUCCUAUUGAAGUCAGUGUGGGCCAUCCAUCUGAGGUUGAUGAGAUAUUUGAUGCUAUAUCAUAUAGCAAAGGUGCAUCUGUCAUCCGAAUGCUACAUGACUACAUUGGGGAUAAGGACUUUAAGAAAGGAAUGAACAUGUAUUUAACCAAGUUCCAACAAAAGAAUGCUGCCACAGGUAAUCUUUAAUAGCUUGAGAGAAAAAUGGAGAGAAAAUGUUGUCACUCUAUCCAGGGUGGGACAUUUAAUUUUGUUUUAAAUGCUUAAUU